AUGGAAAGAAAUCAAACAGGAAAUUUUCUUCUCCUGGGAUUCACAAAAGAGCCAGACCUGCAGCCUCUGCUCUUUGGGCUAUUCCUGUCCAUGUACCUGGUCACUUUCACUGGAAACCUGCUCAUAAUCCUGGUCAUCUUCUCAGAUACCCAACUCCACACGCCUAUGUACUUCUUCCUCUCCAACCUGUCCUUUGCUGACUUCUGCUUCACCUCCACCACCAUCCCCAAGAUGCUAAUGAACCUCCAGACACGGAGCAGAGUUAUCACCUACGCAGGCUGCCUUAGCCAGAUUUUUUUCUUCAUCAUGUUUGGCUGCCUGGAUAACUUGCUCCUGACGGUAAUGGCUUAUGACCGCUUCGUGGCCAUCUGCCAACCCCUGCACUACACGGUCAUCAUGAACCCCCGGAUCUGUGGGCUGCUAGCUCUGGGGUCCUGGGGUAUCAGCAUCAUGGGCUCCCUGCUUGAGACUUUGACCCUUCUAAGACUGUCCUUCUGCAAAAACAUGGAAAUCCCACACUUUUUUUGUGACCUACCCGAAGUGCUAAAACUCACUUGUUCUGACACACUUCUCAAUAACAUAGUGGUAUAUUUUGUGACUAUUAUCCUAGGUGUUUUUCCUCUCUCUGGGAUCCUCUUCUCUUAUUCUCAGAUUUUCUCCUCCAUCCUGAGAAUUUCAUCAGCCACAGGAAAAUACAAAGCUUUUUCCACCUGUGGGUCUCACCUCUGUGUGGUCUCCUUAUUCUAUGGCACAGGACUUGGCGUCUACCUGAGCUCAGCAGCCACCUCAUCCUCUAGGACAGGUAUGGUGGCCUCGGUGAUGUACACCAUGGUCACCCCCAUGCUGAACCCCUUCAUCUACAGUCUUCGGAACAGAGAUAUGAAGGGGGCCCUGGGAAGACUCCUCAGCAGGGCCAUACCUCUCAGGGAUAGACUACCCCAGGACCCUCAUAACUAG